CUUCUAUAUAGGAGCCAGUUUUGUAGCUUUUUGAUUAUCAAAUCACACAUUACAGAGCAACAGGAAUACAUUUUUCAUCCCAAAUUUUCACAGCCCUUGGUUUCAUCACUGCCCUGAAGCUCAUUCUCCCUAGGUUCCCCUGCUCUGUGGUGCUUGCAAGCUAAUUAAACAUGGGACCUGGAGGUCCUGGUGGAGGAGGACCUGGUGGAGGUUGGGGUCCAGGCCCGGGUGGUCCUGGUGGAGGUUGGGGACCUGGACCUGGCGGUCCGGGUUGGGGUCCUGGCCCUGGCGGACCGGGUUUCUUUGGACCUGGUGGUGGUUUUUUUGGUGGAUUUGCUAAUGGUCUAUGUGACAUCAUAUCUUCAUGCUUCUACUGCUUGUGUUGUUGCUGGAUGUUCCAAGGUUGUUUCGGUGGUCCACGAGGAGGCCCAUGGCAAGGUGGGCCACAACCUUACUAGUAGCAGGCUUAUCUAUUUCACGAUUGAGGCCUUCAAUGCUAUUUGGAUCAUCAGUGAAGUUGAAGGUUUACUACGCUGUCUGUGACUAUGAAGAAAUGAAAUUUUAGUGGUUGUGUUAUUAUUUUUUCAGUUUAUCUUUGAUGUUGGGAAGCACUCUUUUUGAACCCUAUGAAAUACUAUGAGGCUAUCGUUUAUUAUGGUCAUAUUCGUAAUAUAUCUACAUUUUCAUUACUA